ACAAAUACGGGUUGGACUAAAGGAUAAGAAAUGGAUGUAUAGAAAAAUCGCCGGUACCACCCGCCUGGCGCCUGCCCUGCAAACUAUACCCGCCAAAUCUCCCAACCGUCGCCGUGGUGAACGGACAGCCGAGCCAUGGCGGCGUGUGCGGUGCUUUUCUUUCCUCCUCCUCCACACAAUCCAUCUCUAUCUUCUUCCAACUCUCUCCUCUUCUCUCUUCCCGUCGCGAUCGGAGGAGCUGCCAGCCGCAGGACCCCCCGGCUCCGUUCUCGAGUAAAAUCACUCUCCGUUCAGGCGUCGGCGCGCGUUCUAGACGCGCUGAUCUUCGACUGCGAUGGCGUUAUACUGGAGUCGGAGCACCUUCACAGGCGCGCAUAUAACGACGCUUUCUCUCACUUCAAUGUCCGUUGCCCUUCUUCUGGGUCGUCUCAGCCACUGAAUUGGGAUGUGGACUUCUACGAUGAUCUCCAGAACAGAAUCGGCGGCGGAAAACCUAAAAUGCGAUGGUAUUUUAUGGAGCGCGGAUGGCCAACAUCUACAAUCUUUGAAAAUCCUCCAAAAGGCGAAGCAGAUAGAUCCAAGCUGAUUGAUACUCUUCAAGACUGGAAGUCUGAAAGAUACCAGCAGAUCAUCCAAUCUGGAAAUGUUGAACCAAGACCGGGGGUUUUGCGAUUGAUGGAUGAGGCCAAGGCUGCAGGAAAGAAGCUUGCUGUUUGCUCUGCUGCAACUAAAAGUUCAGUCAUACUUACUCUGGAAUAUCUUAUCGGAACUGAUCGGUUCCAUGGCCUCAACUGCUUUCUUGCAGGCGACGAUGUGAAGGAAAAAAAGCCCGAUCCUUCAAUAUAUAUAGCAGCUGCCAAGAGGCUUGGUGUGUCAGAAAGAAAUUGUCUUGUGGUAGAGGAUGGUGUCAUUGGACUACAGGCUGCAACAAGUGCGGGGAUGUCAUGUGUAAUUACAUAUACUUCAUCCACGGCUAAUCAGGAUUUCAAAGAAGCCCUUGCAAAAUAUCCCGACUUGAGUGAUGUUAGAUUGAAGGACUUAGAGUUGCUGCUUCAAGGUGGCAAUAUUUUCAUGAAGUAAAAAUACCAUGAGAAGAAGAAAAAGAAGCAUAUUUUGAACCAUAGUGACAUGAUGUUUUGUUUGGUUGGGAAAGAACUAGAUUUUUUUUUUGUUGUUGAAGAGAACUAGAAUGUAUUUAUGAUAAAAAGGUGUGGAUUUAGCAGCUGUUAUUUACGUAUAGAAAAUGAAGUUUUCUUUUUUUG